AUGGAUAGGAUUAAAGUUUUAAAUUGUUAAAUACCUUCUCAUGAAGAACAAAAUAUUGUUGCUGUUUGUAUGAAAAAGGAAUGCUAGUAUCCUUCUCGCUUAAUGUGUGUUUCUUGUCUGAUUUCAGAUCAUUGCGAACACGGAAAAUUUGGAAUUAAAGUGAAUGAAUUCAGCAACUCUAAAAACUUAAAUGAUGUAAUUCUUAAUUGGAAAGGAGAAAAUGAGUUGUUUUCUAAAAUGAUUUAUGGGUUAUUGAAUUUUUAAAAAUAAUUGGAUGUUUCUAAAAUAAUUUAAGAGUUGGACAAUUUUGAAAGAGAAAUUAUGGAAGAAGUCAAGAAUUUUAGGAAACAGAUUUUGAAUAGUGUAUAUGCGAAAAAGGAGUAGGGUGAUGAAGAAUAAAUAACAGUCUUAAAUUAACUGUCUGACUUUUUGUAAAUCAAAAAUAUUUAAAAGUUGUUUAACCCUGAAAUAUCAGUUUCUUCAUGUGAAGGAUAGCUAAUUUAAGACUUGAGUAAUGAUGAAAUAAAUAAGAAAUUAAGCGAUAUUGUUAAAGAAUAAAAUGAUAACAAUUCUUUGUCUUAUCAAAAUUGCAUGAAUUUACUUUUUAAUUCAUAAUGUAUUUAUUCAUACUCUUUUAAUUUAGAAAAACUUUAUGAAGAAUAGAGUAAAAUUUAAUUGAAAAUUAAAAACAUUUCUAAAAAAAUAUAAAAAUAUGUCUAAAAUUAUUGCUUUUAGGCUUCUUAAGCGUAUUGUUCAGAAACAACUGUAAAAGUUUCUGGAGAAAAUAAUAGACGUGUAACUUUCACCAAUAAUUAAUCAUAUAGUGUAGCUUACUUAAACUGCCCAUUUAAGAUAGACCAGAAACCUAUUGAAAUGACUUUUUAAUUUGAUAAUGGUUUUAACAAUAAGCAUUUUUGUAUAGGAUUAAGAAAAGAAAAUCUUAAAGAUGAAAAUUCAUAUAACAAAACUCCCUACAAAUGCUUGCAUUGUUAAAUUGGCGAUGGUAUUCUUGAAGACAACGGAAUACACAAUUUUAAUAGUAACAGAAACAGUUUAAUUAUUUAAUUUUUACCAAGUUAAAAGCAGCUAUAUAUUUAUUCAGAAAGGAGUGAGUGUAAAUUAUCCAUUCCUUUUGAAGAUAAAAACGAUUUAUUUAGACUCUAUUUUUGGAGAGGUGGAAAUAAUGUAAAUAUUUCAGUAAAAUUAGUUAGCAUAACUUAAAUUUGA